CAUUUUAUUUGUAAGACAAAUAAUUCCUUCCGUGCGUAACCAACGUGUUUAAAGUCACAUUACAUUAGACAUUUGAAGCCCCCUGAGCGACUGUAACGAUCACGUAACCAAAAAAGCAUUCUGCAGUCUUUCCGUCCUUGGCUCUGUGAUAAGUGAGAUGGCCAUGAAAUUACUACAGCCAUUGAGCCAUGUUCCUCGGGCUACGUGUUUGCAAUAAAUAGCCUAGCAAGUUCUUUUGGUAGAAACCAAAUAAGGCGGAAAGAGGAAUGAGCCAACGCCUUGAUCUUGGGUUGUAUAAAUGAAAAACACCGGAAAAUAUCCUUGUAGUGUCAGUCUAGUGACUAACUCGACAACUUCUUCGACGACCGGGAAUUUUUUUUUUCCCCAACACGCCAUCAAUUGUUUGCGCUACUGUCGAAAUCUUUGUUCACGAAAACGGAAUGAAACUUGACUGAAAGUGACAAAUAUGGUGUUGAACAAUCCACUGCACAGUGUCCACACGGAAUACCCGCGUUACAAUGAAAAUGGAGGCAAGCAACAACAACCAGUUGGUAACGAAAGUGAAGAAAUUGGUAAAAGCUGGAAUCUAACCGCUCCGGAUAGGAUCUCUUUGGACAACUUGUCGAUUAAAGCACCCGGAAGGGCUGCAUCCAGCGGCGAACAGAUGUCGUCCGCAUUGUUCCCAAUGAGUAGAAAACGUCUUUCGGCUCUCACUGUUAGCAAAAGGUGGAAAAAAGUUAGUCAUCAACUACAUACGCGGAAAUUACUUUUUGAAAAGCGCAAGCGAAUUAGUGAUUUUGCCCUAGCCGUCGGCAUGCUUGGCAUCAUCAUCAUGAUAAUUGAGAACGAAUUGGCUAGCGCCGGCGUCUACACUAAAUCAUCAUUAUAUUCUUUCUCCUUAAAAGCGGCGAUAUCAUUCACAACCAUGAUUCUUCUGGUAUCCGUAAUGAUUUACCAUAGCUUCGAAGUCCAGAUAUUUCUGAUACAAAACUGCGUGAAUGAUUGGCGGAUCGCCAUGACGUGGCAACGGAUAAUUCAAAUGAGUUUUGAGUUGCUCAUUUGCGCCAUUCAUCCAAUUCCUGGCGAACCAUACUUUUUCUGGAAGACUAAUCACACCAUUGACGUCACUCUCGGUCUGCCCAUGCUCUUCCGAUUUUACCUUAUCGGCCGAGCCAUGCAUCUGCACAAUAAACUUUUUACAGACACAACCUCGAGAUCGAUCGGGGCCUUCAAUAACAUCGCAUUCGACACACGAUUCAUCUUCAAGACACUGAUGGCCAUUUAUCCCGGCACCGUCCUUCUCGUUGUGGUAGGUUCGCUGUGGAUCGUCGCCAGUUGGACUAUGCGGCAGUGCGAACGCUAUUACGAUGAAGAAUACAACAAUUUACUCAACACCAUGUGGCUGAUAAUGAUUACGUUUCUGACCAUCGGCUACGGCGACAUGUUUCCCAAGACAUACUGCGGCAGAAGUAUCAGUGUCGCCACUGGAUUUAUGGGAGCCGGCUGUACGGCGUUACUGGUAGCUGUCAUCUUGAAGAAAAUGGAGUUGACCCAAGCCGAGAAACGCGUCCAUGAUCUAAUGAGAGAUACUCAAUUCACCAAAGAGUUGAAAAAUGCGGCUGCCAAUGUUUUACGAGAGUCGUGGCUCAUUUACAAAAACACGAAAUUAGUUAAACGCGUCAACCCAGGUCGAGUACGGAAUCACCAGCGCAAGUUCUUGCAAGCCAUCCAUUCAAUGCAAAACGCUAAAAUGAAGCAUCGUAACUUGAUGGACGACCUUCAAGUCCGCAACAACCCAAAUAACAAUAUGGACGACCAGAAUGACGCCAAUAAAAUGACUUCUGAAAUAUAUGCACGCCAAAAUAUUUUGGAGGCACGACUGAGCUCACUGGAAAAUAAGUUGGUAGUUCUCCAGGAAACUCUAGCAACUCUGCCGGAAGAAAUUUCGCGUCACUUGACUAUGACCCAGCUCAAUAAUUCUUCUCGCAACCUUCGACACACCCUAUUUUCAUAACGACCAAAACUGUGGUGAUUUAUUCUGAUUUCUUUAUGCUCUUCACUCGUGGAACAUAUGAACUUUAUAUAUGCUGUAUCAGUUAAAAAGAUUCUAUUGCAUAAAAUAACUUACAUUAAA